CCAAGCCCCUCCAGCCACCGACUCAUUUCCUUGAGAAAAAUUGGUGACAAAGCUUGAAAUUUCUCCUUCUUUUCUUGUUCUAGAACACAUAUAGAACCCAAAAACCUCCCCCCCUCUGCAGGAAAUUUCGGAUCUGCUUUGCUCUGUUCCUCACCGUCGGUUGCUCUUGCUUAUAGGUGCGAAUUGCUCUGGUUUCUAGUAAGAAAUAGCCACCAAUUCCUCUGUUCUUCCUGAUUUGCCUUGGGUUAACUUUGAUUUCUCUUGGUUCUCCAAUUUUUGGGAUAGAUCCCAAAUUUCUCCCCAAUUCCCGCCGGCUUCCCCUAGCUUGCAGCUCCGAUUUUUGCUGCUAAAUUCUGGAAACGAAACCGAGGACGGGGAACCCAAAGGGAGUGACGAGGUAGAAGGCUAGCCAUUCUUAUUGGAUAUAAGUUUUAGAUCUUAUCAUCAUUUUGUAAGGUAGAUUUUAUUCUUGAGAUGUUGUGAUUUGAAUAAGUUUCGAGCCUUGUGCACUUGUGGGACCCAUCUCACGAGUGCACGGCGUCUACCACGUCCCCGGAUUUGGGUUCUGGGCCGUGACAGUUGAAAAGCUAAUAUUAACAGAAGGGCCCAAGCCAACAACAUUCCUGGGAAUGCGAUCACCUCUUAUCUCAACUUCUCUUUCAAAAUAAAGCGAGAUAAACAAAAAAAAAAUUGAGAAAUUAAGAGGAGACGAUCUAAGGAGGAAGGAGAAGAGGUUCUAGGGGAAAUUGAAAUUGUAAACACAUUUUGGUCAGUAUAUAUGCCAAAAUACAAUGGCAAAAUGUGGGACUUACCUAAGAAUCCAUCAAAUUAGAUUCUCUUGAUUUUUUUGGUUAAGCACACUGACUCAAAGAAGCUGGAAAAGCUACCUGCAGAAAACUGAACUUUGCAGUACCUUAUUUCGGUCAUUUUCCUUAACCGAAAUAUUGCCACAAAUCUGAACUAGCAUGAGCUCUGAUCAAAUCAGUCAUUGCAUUUGUAUUUCGGUCAAUAUAAUUGAUUGAAAUAAUGAGCCACUUUCGGGUUCUGCUCAUUUUCUUCUUUCCCGUCCCCUGCAUCCUCCCCCAAGCUGCUGAUAUUCCUCUCUUGAGGAAUUGGCAAAAGCUUGCUAUUUUUCUCCUCUUUUCUUGUUCAAGAACAAGAUUUGGACUGAGAAAUCAUCCCCUCUGCAGAAGAAAUCCCGGAUCUGCUCUGCUCUUCUCCCCUGUCCGUCGGCUGCUAUGUGGGUGUGAGGUUUUUGGGCUUUUUCUAAGCCGUGAGCUUCUUCCCCAAAAUCCCGUCAGUCCCCAUGCUCGCCUGGUGCGGGUUCUGCUGGUCGGAAAAAAAAAGGGGGAAUUCUGGUAUGUGCUAGCUUCUCCAAGGCUGAAUUUUACCCAUUUAAUUGCUGGGUUUUGUCCAUUUAGUUAAUGCUCUGUGUUGUCCGAAAAUUUGUGGAAAUAGGAAGAAAUUUGGCAGCCAUUUCAGUAUGUAAUUUUAGCUUUAAUUCAUGUAGAAAUGGCUUGAUUUGCUGCUGUGAAUUUUCUGGAGAGAAAAUCCCGUGUGUGAGUUGUGGGUUGCCAAGGCCAUGCUCUCCAUGUGCUGCCCGUGAGAUUGGGGAAAUUUUGGUAGCUUUAAGCUAUGUUUUUAAGUGUGGUUAAGUAGGAAAUUAGCUUGAAUUGGGUUGUUUUGAUUUUGGAGAAAAAUCCCGUGAGAUUAGCUAUGUUUUGCCAAUUUUGGAAGUUGAAGUUACUGUUCACGGGUACUGUUCACGGGUACUGUUCACACUCCGAGAGUCAACAAUUAACGGGGAUUUAAUUGUUUAGUUUGUAAUAUAAGAAUAAAUUUGGAGAUGUCCGGUUAUGUGGAGAUUGAUAGAAAUAGCACCGUGAUUAGGGGUAGUGCUAAUGAUGAUUUUACUUUGAAUUUGUAGUAGUGCGGUAUUAAUUGUGGAAUAUUGUGAUUAGGUUUGAUCGUUCUGUCACUGUAGCACUUGGGUUAGCCUUCUGUUCUGUGCGAGUAAGGUAAGUAAAAUUAUGGUAAAGCCCUUUGAUUUUAAAGCAUAUUUUAAACUGUUUUUGAGAUGGUGGUAAGGUAAAAUUGAUUUUAAAUUGAUUUUAUCAGCAUCUGAGUGUGAUUAAACUGAAAUGAAAAUUUGGAUGAUUUUAAAUGAAAAUUUCAUGGUUUUUCUGAAGUAGAGUAUGCCACUUGGAACUUACAGAACUGCUGUGAUGAUUUAAGGAUUUUUUGUAAAUUAUGAUUUUUUGUUAAAUCCAUGCCUACAUGGAAUUUGCUAGUUAUUCUGAAAUUUGGGAUUUCGAUUGUGAAUUAUGGAUUUCGAUUGUGAAUUAUGGAUUUC